CUCGGUUUAAAGGGACCGCAAUAGAAUAGACUCAGCUGAAAGAUGUCCCGUGGUACCCGGGAGCAAACGCAGUAUGAGCGGAGGUAUAACGUGACCGACACCCGGACAAACCCCAAAGGAUACACUGAAUAUAAAAUAACAGCACAGUUUAUAUCCAAGAAGAACCCGCAAGAUGUUAAAGAGAUUGUUGUGUGGAAACGAUACAGCGACUUAAAGAAGCUUCACGGGGAGCUCUCGUACACUCAUCGGAAUCUCUUUCAACGCUGCCAGGAAUUCCCACCAUUCCCGCGUGCUCAGGUGUUUGGCCGUUUUGAAGCAGCUGUGAUAGAAGAACGAAGACAAGCGACAGAAGAAAUGCUUCAGUUCACUGUAAACAUCCCGGCUUUGUACAAUAGUCCACAGCUAAAGGAAUUCUUUAGGGAAGGAGAAGUUCUCCAGCGAGCUGAAGGCCCCGAUUCAUUAGUUGCCCUUGUGUUGCCGCCACCUCUCACUCCUGAACCAGUGAGAUCUUUCUCCCCUGAAGACCUAGACGAGGCCACAGAUUGUUCUGCAGCAGCUGAGCCUCCUGAAGUCACAAAACCUACAGAGGACCCCGUUAUUGAUGAGCCAUCGCAGUUUGAUUUGCUGUUUGACCUGAGUGAUCAUGAGGAUGAGAAUGUGACCCGGGACCAGAUCACUUGUACGCGGCAGGACUCGCUGACUCACAUUGAUCUUGCUCUGUUUGACCCCUGUUUUACUGAAGGGGAAGAUCACCCUCCUGUGGAGUCGCAUGUGAAUCUGUUGUCCCUGGGAGAGGAGCAAAUCACUGAGACUUCUGCCCGUUGUACUAAUGAGGGAGAGGAAGGAGCUUAUAUAGCGCAAGCCACGGAGGAUGUAACAAGAGCGAUGGAGGAGGAGUCCGCUGGAGACUACCCAGAAGCCUUUAGGCUGUACCGUAGCGCUGUGGACACUUUACUAAAGGGUGUUAAAGAUGAUCCGUGUGCAGACAGACGAAACACUGUAACCCGCAGAACAGCAGAAUAUCUGUCUCGCGCAGAGAACAUCUUGAAGGAGCACAUGAGCGGCAGCACAGAGUGAUCUUUGUUGGACACAGAGGGACUUUAUGUGUAUAUUUAAUGGUCAGCUCUGUGGUACAAAGGCUGUAAAACAAGCAGGAGAACUGGAACUUCUGUGUUUAUCCUGCACAUGAAAACUUCUGCACUUUCUCUAAGUGUCCCAACUGGAAUAAUCUGAGAAAUGGAUGUAGGAGAAUUAGUCUAUAUAGUUUAUAAUGACACUGUGUAACUUCCUUAGGCACUGCCCUAUGCUAAUUAGAAUGGUAAUUAGACUGGUAAUUAGACUGCCUCCUUGGACAGGGGGAAACCGCAAAUCCAUUCUGCAAUAGCAGCCAUUUCACUAAAUCCAUGUCGUUUUCCUCCAGAACACCGAGAUCUUCCUAAAAUAAUAGCAGUGGCAUUUUAGGUGAUAUUGGUGCUGCUGCUUUCUUGCUGCCUUAAUUUAAAGGGAUACUGUCAUGGGAGAAAAUGUUUUGUUCAAAACACAUCAGUAAAUAGUGCUGCUCCAGCAGAAUUCUGCACUGAAAUCUAUUUCUCAAAAGAACAAACAGAUUUUUUUUUUUUAUAUUUAAUUUUGAAAUCUGACAUGGGCUAGACAUAUUGUCAGUUUCCCAGCUGCCCCAAGUCAUGUGACUUAUGCUCUGAAUAAUCUUUUCUUCUUUAUAGCCCCUCAUGUAGAGUGUCAGCCUCAAUUACCACCGUAUAAAAUACCGUAAAAAUUGUGCAUAAAGGACUUGAGAGAUUUGAGUACACUAAGGUCGAAUUCCACUGUAUUUGUAUAGUUCUCUCUGUGCAGCGUAAAUUAAAAUAACGAAGAGAAAAAAA